AUGUCGCAAUCACUCGGUGGCUCUUCAGGCAGCGAUGAUUCUGGGCUUGUAGCAAGGCCCUGGACCGUUGUUGCCUCUGGUACGCACCCAUCUUUGCUCGGGGGCAACGUUACCCACUCCGCCGUUUCUCUUACAGAUAUCUCUGACGACGACGAUGCAGGCAGCCAAGACAGCUCCUCAUGCGAGGGAUUGUCGCUGUCGGAUGAAGGCGCUGAAGACCGGCCUAUAGAUGAAGCUCUGAUAGCGCGUUUCGAGAGCCUCAGGGAGCAUGCCUUUGGUCUUCUGGCCGAGUACGAACGCCGUGCUGAUUUUGACACGUUGGUGAGGUCUAUAGCUACCGCGAGGGAGGCCUUUGCUCUGAUUCCCGAAGGGAGAACCCAAAGCCGUGGCUUGCUUAACGUUCUCGCGACUGGUCUCCUGGAGCGUUACGAGUUCGAUGGCAACGUGAAUGCCGUAAUUGAAGCGACCACCUUGACUCGUACGGCUCUUCUGCUGCACCCACCAGAGCACCCAGAUCAUGAAGAGUCGCUCGGCAUCCUGGUCAAGGCCCUCAUGGCGUUCUAUGAGCGUUACGGAAGGCGGGACACCCUAGAUUCGUUGAUAAACCUCCAUCGUCAAUGUCUUUCGAAACGCCCAGCUGGGCAUCCCGAGCGGGACAUCGCGCUCAGCGACCUCGCAAAUAGCCUCAUGAUCCGAUAUGAAUGCGACGACGAUCGGGAUAUGCUGGAUUCAGCGAUUGGUCUUUACCGUGAGACCCUUGCAUUGCAUCCAGAAGGGCACCUCGAUCGUGGCCUUUCACUCAACAAUCUCGCAAGCGCACUCGAGACUGGCUACGAGGCUUGCGGCGAUCCAGACGUGUUGGAUGAAACCAUUGCACUCUACCGCGAGGCCCUGUCUCUAUGCCCCGCAGGCCAUCCUAAAUGCGGGACUCUGUUGAGUAAUCUCGCAAACAGCCUUGUUACUCGAUACCAGCAUGGGGCCGAUCCUGAGGCAUUGGACGAAGCAUUGCAUCUUCAUCGGAAGGCUCUCUCUUUACGUCACGAUGGGCAUCCUGAGCACGCAAGUUCGCUCAGUAACCUUGCGAACGGGCUGAUGCUCCUCUGCAAGCGGAACGGUGACCCCGACGCGAUGGAUGAGAUGAUUGUUCUCUCCCGAAAAGCCCUCACUUUAUGCCCGGAUGGGCACCCCGAUCGUGGAAGGUCGCUGAACGAUCUUGCCACAGGGCUCAUGGUUCAUUAUGAGUGCUACGGCAAGCCGGACAUCCUAGAUGAAGUCCUCACUCUCCAUCGCGAAGCACUUUCAUUACAUCACAUAGGGCACGCCGAUAGGCACAUGUCGCUGAACAAUCUCGCAAUAUGUCUCUUUGCUCACUACGAACGCUACGGAGAUGCGCAUGUUUUGGACGAAAUUAUCGCCCUUCACCGCGAGGCCAUGACAUUGCGCAAUGACGACCAUCCGCACCAUCCUACGUCACUCAACAAUCUUGCGAAUGCGCUCAUGAUUCGCUAUAGGCACAGUGGUGAUCCGAACACCCUUCAGGAAGUGAUAAAACUUCACCGUCACGCGCUUAUGCUGCUUCCUGAAGGACGUCCCGGCCGUGGAGGCUCCCUCAGUAACCUUGCAAUCAGCCUCUCCACCCACUACGAACGUUACGGUACCCCAGAUGUUCUGGAAGAAGCCAUUGUCCUCCAUCGUGAGGCCCUCGCGCUUCGACCCGGAGGACAUACUGAACGAGGCAUAACGCUCAGCAGCCUCGCUUUAGCUCUCAGGACUCACUACCAGCGCUUCGGAGAUCCGGCUACCUUGAAGGAGGCGAACGCCCUCCAUCGCGAGGCUCUCUCCUUGCAUCCUGUGGGCCAUCAAGGUCAACAGAUGUCGCUCAGCAACCUUGCGAACAGCCUUAUGACUCAUUAUCAACGCUUCGGUGACCCAGACACGCUAGACGAAGUCAUCGUCCUUCAGCGAGAGGCUCUUUCCCUGUGCCCCCGCAACCAUCCAGACCGCGACGGCCUGCUCAACAAUCUCGCGAACGCCCUCAUGACUCACUGCGAGAAUUACAGCGAUUUGGGCACCCUGGAGGAGGUUAUCGUUCUUCAUCGCGAAGCUUUGUCAUUACGGUCGGGAGGACAUCCGGAAAGGAGCAUGUCAUUGAACAACCUUGCGAGUGCCCUCAUGACUCACCAUCGAUACCGUGGCUCUCCGGACACCCUUCGCGAAGCCAUAGACUUCCAUCGCGAGGCCCUGUCACUACGUCCUCAUGGUCAUCCCGACCGCGGACCAACCCUAAGUAAUCUGGCAAACAGCGUCAUGGCUUAUUACAAGCACCAGCGGGACUUGGAUACGCUCAACGAGGCGAUUACUCUCUGUCGUGAAGCUCUACAUAUAACAACUGAGGGAGUUCCGGACUACGGAGCCCUUCUGUUGGACCUGUACCAGGCUCUCGACCUGGCUUAUACCCACUCUCGCGACCCAUCUUUGCUAACAGAGAUGCAUCAAACCCUCUCAGCCGCAGACGUAGCUCUUCCUUUCGGCGCUUACUCGCGUUUGCAGCUCCUAUGGUGCCUAUCCUCUCAUCACAAUCGUUCUGGUUCACCGUAUCAUAAUGUGUCGCUGUCUAUCAAGUACGUGGAAAACGCAAUCUCUUAUCCCUUUGGAGCAGUCAAAGAUCGCUUGCGUCGUGCGCAGAACUUCUUGCAACAGUACGAGGAUGAAAUCCCCGCGGCUAGUGGCACCGAGGAUUCGGCUAGUGGCACAGAUAUGCACCUUGCAUUACUCAGUGCAUAUGAGACGGCCAUCGGGCUUUUGCCUCGAAUCGCUGUUCUCGGCCUUGACCCAAAGGCGCGUCUUGCCUCUCUUGAUGGUGCCCAGAGGAUUGCAGUUGACGCCUCAUUGCGCGCACUGGAACUGAAUCGCCUCCCUCUCGCCGUAGAGCUUCUGGAACAAGGUCGAGCUGUUUUUUGGGCUCAGGCGUUGCGCCUCCGCACUCAAUUCGACUCACUACCCCAGGAUCUCUCCACGGAACUGGUUAGCCUAACCCGCCUUCUAGCGGCCAACACUGACCAUCGCGCAAACACGGACGACAUCCAUGUUCCGGGGACGUUUGCGGUCGCUGCGUCGAUCCGGAGGCAGCAAAGUGAUAGGUUCGAAAAGUUGAUCCAGGACGUGCGCGCAAUUCCGGGUUUCGAGCGCUUCCUGGUGCACGAACCGUUCUCUUCGUUGUCAGAUGCAGCGGCUCUUGGGCCGGUGGUCAUUCUCAUCCCUGGAGCAAGAAUGUCUCAUGCGAUCAUCAUCGAAGGCAACCAUACACCUUUCCACGUUGAGCUCGGAAACAUCACAAGGGAGAUAGCAAUUUCGUACGCGACGCAGUUGCGAAAGGAUGGCGUCGAAUACAGGUCGUCCAAGCAAAAACGGCAGGGUAUGAGGAACAACCCGGCAUCUGACAGUGGUGGCCAUUCCGACCAGGAAUCACGACCAACUGCUCGCGAAGGCCAAACCCCGGACCAGGUCCCUGAUGAACCUGAACUGGAAGCACCACUGCUGAUUUUACUGGAAAGGCUAUGGAACGACGUGGUUCGCCCUGUGAUUGAUGUGUUACACCUUACGAUUCGUACUGGUCACAGUCGCCCACGACUUACGUGGAUGCCCACAGGCCCAUUCGCGUUCCUUCCUGUCCAUGCUGCUGGUAUUUACACCGGGGGAGAGGUUCAAUACUGUUCUCAGUACGUUCCACGUCACGGUGUAAAGUCACUUUUCGUCGCAGAGCCUAAAGCAUCAGAGCCGGGUUGGGACGUUAUCAAGGGCGUUUACAAGGAGGUCAAAUCUGCCGUAAAGGUGAUACCUGGUCACGGCGUUACAGUGAUCCGACGUGAGCACGGUACGCCUACUGCCCUCGCCAAGGUCGUCGAACGACUUCCGGAUAGCGCUAUCGUCCAUCUGGCCUGUCACGGGGAACAGAAUGCAGAAGAACCGCUUCGAAGCGCAUUUAAGCUAGGAGACGGGGACCUCACCAUCGACGAAUUGACGAAGCUGAACCUGCCAGAUGCCAUGUUCGCCUACCUCAGCGCCUGCGAGACUGGCAAGGGGGACAGCUCGCAUCCUGAUGAGGCUAUCCACUUGGCUGCUGCUAUGCUAUUUGCUGGAUUUCGCAGCAUCAUCGCAACGUUGUGGCCAAUGUCAGACAUGACUGGGCCAUUCGUUGCUGAGCAUGUCUACAGGCAAUUGUUCAAUACCGACAACGACAUGGUGGACUUCAACGUUAUCCCUUAUGCGCUCGACGAAGCUGUGGAUAUGCUUCGAAGGGGAGGAUGCAGCGCCUAUGAAUGGGCAACGUUCAUGCACAUCGGUGCAUAG